AUGAAGUUCUCAUCGCUGUUCGGAACAAAUCUCAUUUACAGCGGUCAUAUUGAGAACAAUGAAUUAGUUAUUGUGGAGAUGAAACUCAAAAAUGACAAAAAACUCGUGAUUACUUCUGUAUAUGUAUCGCCGUCAAUUAAAUUAUCUAUUAAAGCAUUGCUCAAAAUUAAAAAUUUAAACGACAAUUAUGUGACAAAUAGAAGUGGACAUAUUUUGUACAAGUGGCUACAAGAUCAUUCAACACAGGUUACCGGAUCAAAUGAAGUAACAUAUGUACAAGGAGGGUAUGCUGAGAAAUUAGACUGGGUACUGACAGAUGUUGAAACUUCACUAUUAUACUCUCAUUUUCAAACACAUCCUCUAUUAGGCACAACAAAAUCAGGACAUAAGCCAAUCGCCUACAUCAUAAAUUGUUCUUCUGAUAGUCGACUAACAGAAUGUGCACGACAACAAUACAUUUUCUCUCAGGCGAACUGCCCUCUAUAUCAUAUUGAAUUAUAUAAACACUCGAGUCAACGAGAGCCGACAGAGGUUACGACAACAGAGAAUCUAAUUGAUUAG